AUGCUUAAUACAAGUGCCGCUCUCCAAGGAGGUAAAAUAUCAAGGGAGGAGUUCCGACGACAGAAGGAUCUCGAUGCCGCUCGUAAGGCAGGUACCGCACCGGCAGCCGUGGAUGAAGAGGGAAAUGCUAUCAAUCCUCAUAUACCCGAAUAUAUCACCAAAGCACCAUGGUACGCUGAUACAGGUAAGCCGUCAUUGGCACAUCAACGUAUCGGGAAAAUCGAUGGACCGGCUCUGAAGAUGGAUGAAUGGUAUGAGAGAGGAGUGAAAGCCGGACCUGCAGCCAAGAAAUAUCGUAAAGGUGCUUGUGAGAAUUGUGGUGCCAUGACACACAAGAAACAAGAUUGUUUAGAAAGACCAAGGAAAAAAGGAGCGAAAUUCACGAACAAAAACAUAGCACCUGAUGAAGUCAUACAGAAUUUCGAAAGUGAUUAUGAUUCAAAACGAGAUAGAUGGAAUGGGUAUGAUCCCACAUCGUACAAAAAUAUCGUUGAUGAGUAUGAAGCUACCGAAGCAGCAAGAAAAAAAUUUAGAGAAGAAGAAAUCGAUAAUCAAACUUCAACAGAUAUGUCAACUGCUAAGAAAUUAGCCAAAAAAGAAAAAGAUCAAAAAGGAAAUGACGAUGAUGAAGAUUUCGGCUCAAGUGAUGAGGAUGAUGAAGAUGAAGACAAAUACGCAGAAGCAGCAGAUCAAAUAGGUCAAAAAUUAGAUACGAAAACGAGAAUCACGGUUAGAAAUUUGCGUAUCAGAGAAGAUACAGCUAAAUAUCUACACAACUUGGACGCAGAAUCGGCUUAUUACGAUCCGAAGACUAGAUCAAUGAGAGAUGCUCCUGUACAAGGUAUGGCUCCUGAGGAUAUGAAAUUCGCAGGAGACAAUUUCGAACGAUUUUCAGGCGAUGCUACCAAUAUUCAAAAGUUACAAAUGUUCGCAUGGCAAUCUUCAUCACGUGGUAACAAUGUACACAUGCAAGCGAAUCCUACAGCUGGAGAAUUGCUGCAUAAAGAGUUUCAAGAGAAGAAGGAAGUGCUCAAAGAUACAAGUAAAGUGUCUAUCUUGGCUAGAUAUGGUGGUGAAGAGCAUUUGGAAAGAUUACCCAGGGAAUUGUUGAACGGUCAAACGGAAGAUUAUGUCGAAUAUUCGAGAUCAGGUCAAGUCGUUAAAGGCAGAGAGAAAGCUACGGCCAGAUCUAAAUAUGAAGAAGAUGUACACACCAACAAUCAUACAGCCGUAUGGGGAUCUUUUUACGAUAUCACCAAUGGCUCAUGGGGAUUUGCAUGUUGUCAUUCAUUACUAUCAGGAUCUUAUUGUACUGGAGAAGCCGGUAAAAACGCCAAUUCAUCUUCUUCGGUACAAGCAUUACUUGAUUCAGCAGCUAAAGUCAGAGCUAUAGAAGAAGCAGGAGAGAAAGAAAGGAAAUCAUUAGCAGAACAACAUAUGGAAGAUAUCGCAUCUGGCAAAAAGAAGAAGGAAAGAGAUUCAAACGUACCCACAUAUGGUGGUAGACCAGAUGAUUCGUUAGAUGAUGUUGAAUUAGAUAAAGAUCGUCUCCAGAAAGCAUUGGCAGAUGAAAAGAAAAGGAAGAAUAUGGAUGAAGGUCAAGCUUGGGAAAAAAGUAAGAAAGGUAAAACGGAAGUCACGCAAGAAGAAAUGGAGGCAUACAGAUUAUCGAGAUCAGGUUAUGAUGAUCCGAUGGCUAAUUACAAGGAUCCGGAGGAUGUGUAA